CCAACAGAAAUGGAAGUCACGGUAGCAAGUUGAGAGCGCGGAGGCUGCAAAGGACUGAUGGCAGAAACAAAGAGGAGAUCGUCAACGGCUUCUCUUGAGGGAACUUACCUGGCAGGGCUGAACCACAAAGAAGUGCAAGAAGAGAUAGUGUUCGUGUUCGCCGAAGUACUGAAGAAGACAAGAGAGAAAAACUCGAGGCACCGAACUGAUUCCGAGAGCAACACCAAACACAGGGAGACGGGAACUCUGGCGUCUAUCUCCGAUGACUGGGCUGAAGCGUGGAGCUAUGCUCAGCCUUCUUCUUCAUCGCACGAGCUAUGGCUAGGUGGACUGAUAUGCAAGGAUGAAGGGGAUGAUCAGGUAGAGCAGGUCAGGAGGUCUAACGGAGGUAGCAUUCCCCCAGACAGAGUGACUCCCGCAGACAGCUACAGCGGGAAAGAUUGCAAGUCACCUGAUGAAGCUCAUUCUAAGUCGGUUUUAAGGAUGAAACAGGUGUCUUUUAAAGUGCGUAGAGACGAAGCACCAGAAGACAGUCAGCCUCUCAAGCUUACAUCCCCCCGCAGCCAUAUCUUGGUGUCUCCACGUAAAGUGCAAUAUCAUGUGCGAACAGAAGACGCCAAGGCCAAGGCAAACUCGCUUGAAAA